AUGGCUCUUGAAACCAAUAGGGCAUAUGAGGUCGUGCGAAGUAGACUGGGUUCCCACCAAGAUUCCGGGCGUUUCUCUUCGACAAACGGAGGCGAACCCAGAUCGAGAGUGAAGAGGCGGCCGCUGCAACUGGGGCGACCGCGUAUAGAUGAAAGGGAGUGCCGGCUGAAGACGCUACUGCUCCGCGUUGGUGACUUGGGGCUUGGGUACGACUCCGAGGAGAGUGUCCUCUUCAAGUACUGCGGUGGUGGAUGCCCCAGAUCACGAAACAACCACGACCUGACGCUUUCAAGGCUUCUUCAAAAGAGCGACCACCCGUCCCUUGUGGAGGACAAAAUCUUUGGAGGACCAUGCUGUCGCCCAACGCAUUUCGAAGACGUGGCGUUCCUGGACGACAGGCACCGGUGGCACACGGUGGAGCAGCUGUCCGCGGCGGCCUGCGGCUGCGUGGGCUGAGCUACAGGAGCUGCGCGGACACCAAACAGCUGGGGCAAGCGACAGAGGGACAGAACUACAAAUACACGCAAUGUAACAUCUGCAGGCGAUAGUACAGAUAGCCGCCCUGGGAUCGGCGAUGCAGGGAGAUAUAUGGGAGCUGGGUUACAAAUUUAGAGGCUUUUGUAAAACUUACUUAACUACUGAGUAUCAGCUGGG